CAGCACUUUUGCUUUUUUAUAUCUCUUUCACACUUCCGUUUCUAACGGAAAUGGAUGCCCGGCAACCACACGUUCCUAAACAUGAUCCAAAAUACAAACCUCAUCAUAGACAAAGCUUUAGCGGCCAUCCUCUAUUACAACAAUCUGAGGAUGGUCUCGUAAGCUUUAGAUAUCAACCCAUCAAGCAACGGCCACGCUCAUUCACCGUGUCCAGCCUCAUUACCUCAGAGAACAGCAGUGUACCGUACACCAUUGUUGAGCAGGACGAGUUAACGCCGCCUUGCAUAGAAUUCGAUAUGAAGCAAUUGGAUAAAGCUUUACAGACAGCCUUUGUCCUGCUUUCGUCAUGCGAUAGGACGCUAGGUCAUCUGCCUGACAAAUUGAAACAGUCCAUUGUGCAAAAAGCGCAGGAGGACUCGACAGUGAUGUCGAAUCAUGUGAAGUCCCAAAGAGGCAAUGGCAAGGCUCAACUUGGAAUCGGCUCCGCGCAGUCGAUUAUCCAUCGACUGUAUUCGAACAGUCCCGCAGUUGAAGACCAAACGAGUGCAGAAGGUGAUGCUACGCACUCGUUGUCAACGGGAGAUUUGCAACAAGCCAUCAAGAACGGUGCGACUCAGGUUCAAACGUAUGACAAACGACUUUCCAGUGGUAGCGACGUGACUGACAGCAGCGAGUCAUGCUCGUCUGUGACAUCUGAACCAUCCACGCCACGAACACCUUAUUACAAUCAUGCCUUCAGUAUUGCAGUGGAAAGCGGUAGUCUUUUAGACUCUUCUCGCAUCAUACACCAGGGCAGCCCUACGAGCAAAGACAAGCUCGACGUAUGGGCCCUUCCGUUUACAAAAGCAUACACAUCAUCAAAACCUCCAUCAUUAACCAGGUCGAGGUCGAGUCAAGCGGAUUCCGAUGUAUUUACCAAACGCUCAACUGGUCUGGGACUAGCUGAUCUAGUUCACUCGGUUUUAGGGGAUGCCAUCAAGCAAGCGGAUAUAGAGCUGAGAUGGGAUGAAAGCGGCGACUGGGAGAGUGAAGAUGAGGAAGAACCAGCUAUGACUGAACAAGAAAUCCGUGACUAUGAGUUGGAGCGCAGCUUAGCCAUGCGAAAAAAUCCUAUCAAUCGAUAUCUAAGCGAUGGGGUCAACGUCCUGUAUUGACGAAUGUUUUUGUUUUCCUCAGCUUGAAUUGGCAAAAAAGAUGAAACUUGGGGGGAGGGAAAUUUUUUUGCCACUGUACAUUUUUCAAACACGUGUGGGCAGGUCCUCUUCCCAUUACUACCUUUCCUUUCCACUUGUAUCAUAGGAAUUACCAGUGAAGAGCACAUAAUAUCGCUGUAGCCGCACUUUAACAUUAUUAUUCACUAGCUCGUCAAACUAUUUUUUUUUUGCCUUCUCUCUAGAAAGAGAUGGAUAUCUAUAACAUUAUAAAUUGCGUCAUGCAUACCGUGCAUUUCA